AUGUUUGGAAUCCUUAACGCCCUCUCUCGCGCGUCAAACAGCAUCUCCGCUUCCCUGGCCCCCGUCGAUACCGAGGGUGGCUCACUCAAGCCUCCGCCGGGCAUCCUCGCCAAGACCAUAACCGAAAUCGAGGGCCUGGUAAAGACGAGCACCGCUAUUGGGCCUUCGGAUGUUCCUGCCAUACUGGACGCCGUCCAGAACCUUAAUGGGCCAGGCAUCGAUGACCGGUUGUUCCUGCUGGAGAAACUGCUCACUCUUAUGGCACGCAUGCCUGCGGACAGUGCUAUCAAUCAGAGGAUUCAGUCAUUCUUCAUCGAUACACUGUACAAGGACCUCCCCCACCCACCUUCCGCAUACCUCGCCCCCUUCCCUCAAAUUACCCCCGACCCGUACCCUAAGCGGUCCUACCACUACCGUUCAACAAAUGGGGACAACUACAGCCCAGCAUUCCCCCUCCUAGGCCGGGCAGGCUUGCCCUACUCCCGCUCGGUGCCCUCGGCCUCUCAGGUGCCCCCCUCGUCACUCCCCGACCCGGGGCUCGUGUUCGACUUACUCCUUGCUCGACCUGCGGGAAAGUUUAAUGCGCACCCUGGUGGACUCAGCAGCCUCUUCUUCGGCAUGGCAAACCUGGUUAUUCAUUCCAUCUUUGAUACCAACCGGACUGACUGGAACAUCAACGACACCAGCAGCUAUAUCGAUCUCAGCCCCCUGUACGGAAACGGAGUAAGCAAGAUGAAGGCGCCGCCCGAGGCGCUUCGGAGGUUUGAUGGAACCGGAAGGCUCCACGAGGAUGUGUUCGGCGACGCAAGAUUGUUAUUCAUGCCUCCAACUACGGCUGUGCUGCUUGUUCUUCUGUGUCGUAAUCACAAUUACAUCGCCGAGAAGAUCUUAAGCAUCAACGAGAAUGGGAAUUUCCAGAAUCCCCCUCCUCAAGACGAAGUUGCUAAACGGGCACAGGAUGACGAGAUAUUUGAACGUACCAGGCUCGUGAACUGCGGAUUCUUUGCUAGGGUCGUGUUGUAUGACUAUGUCGGUGGGAUCCUUGGUAUGACCAGGGAUGGGAGCUCGUUCAGGUUGAAUUUGGAUGAGCAAAUCAGACGUUCAGAUCAUGAGAUCGCCCCUGUCGGGCAAGGAAACCAGAUCUCGGCCGAGUUUAACAUCCUCUACCGAUGGCACGCGUCAACCUCUGCGCCAGACGAGCAAUGGCUCGACUAUACCUUCAAGAACCUCCUCCAGGGCAAACCCUUCAAUGAGGUCACUGUGGACGACUUUACCAAAGCCGCGACGCAGGCCAUGCGACCUAACGACCCAGACCCGAAGAAAUGGGAGUUUGGAGGGCUGAAGCGGGACCCUGUCACGCUCCGGUUCGACGAUGCUGCUCUUGCGCAGAUCCUGAAGGACGCGACAGAAGCUCCAGCGCAUGCGUUCGGCGCGCGACAGAUUCCUCAGGCGCUUCGAGUGGUCGAGAUGAUGACUAUUUUGCAAGGUCGUACUUGGGGUGUGUGCACGCUGAACGAGUUCAGGUCGUUCUUCGGUCUCAAGCCAUACACCAACUUUCAGGAAUGGAAUCCCGAUCCGGCGAUCUACAAGGCUGCGGAGGCAUUGUAUGGGAAUAUUGACAGGCUUGAGCUACACGUCGGCCUUCAGGCCGAGGAAUCGAAAGCUCCUAUGCCUGGAGCUGGCCUCUGCCCUAGCUAUACCAUAUCCCGGGCUAUCCUCGCCGAUGCUGUCGUGCUUUGCCGUGCUGACCCUUACCUGUCUACCGAGUUCACCCCGUACAACUGCACUGCAUGGGGCUAUCAGGACUGCAUCUUGAACCCCAACGACGGCUCCUACGGUGGUGCCUUGACCAAGCUCAUGCUCCGCAACCUACCCGGCCAGUACAAGACAGACGAUGCCUACGUGCACUUCCCCUUCCUUGUACCCAAGGACGUGCGCAAGAACAUGGAGUUACGCAAAGACCCCGCAGUAAACAAGUACGACUGGAAGAAGCCGCUCACGCCUUCCGUCGUGCCCCCGGGCACGGGGAUCAAGACACUCAAGCUGAUCGCAUUAUCUGCACAGAGCCAGCGGAUCAUGAACCUUGUCGGGAAGGUCAAGAUCAACCGCGCCCUCAUAAACCAGCAGCUCAGUGCCUAUCUCUCCCGGCCGAAGACCGACGAUGUCUUCGCGGAGAUCACAAAAAGCCUUAUUGACGACAAGUCAGUCGUGCAGCCAGGGUUCAACUCGAAACAAGUCGAUAUCGUCCAGGCGGUCAUCAAUCUUGUUCCGGUGCAUUUCGUGGCAAACCAUAUUCUGGGCUUGCCGUUGAAGACGACCGCGAAUCCUAAUGGCGUGUGUCGGCCUGAGGAGCUGUGUGCGAUGUUUGCAAAUGCUGCAGACUAUGUUCUAUACGAUCAGGAUGCGCCGGAUGAGUGGUAUAUGCGCGAGCAGGCUGUGGGGUGCGCGAAUACGGUCAGGAGGGAGGUUUCUGCCAACCUUGAGAGGUUGGCCCAUGGUUUGUGGUCUAUCACUGGCCUCGUCGAUACUAUCACGGAUAUCAUCUGCUUCAAGACGAACCACAGCGACGUGUUCCUCUCCACGCUCCUAGCCGCAGGGAAGAAAGAAGGCAUGACCAUCCCCGAAAUUACCGCGUCUCUGUUGGCAGUCAUCAUUCCCUCCGUACCGCAGUUCUCGGCCGUCGUCACCCAGCUCGUCGACUUUUGGCUUAGUAAAGACCAAGCGAGCAAGAAGACAGACCUUGCGCAGAUGGCUGCCGCUGGCCCGGGUAUGAAUCCUCAGAUUGCUACAUACGCCAAGGCUGCUAUCAAUUCGAUUCCUACCCUCACUCCGGCAGAUGCUGGCGCUAUCAACGGCUCAGUGUCUGCCUCCAGCCCCCUGAACUGCGUCGAAGGCUUGAUGAGCGAAAAGACCUUCGACAGGCUUGCGCCUCUCAUCCUCCGUUCGAUCUUCGGCCUACACAACAUCCGCCGCGCGCCUGGUCAAUCCGGUGUUCUUCCCAUGUUCACCCAGACGAUCUUGGAUCAGCCCCAGACGUUCUUUAUCAAUAAUGAGAGUGGGCUGAGCCCGUGGCCGACGAGGCUUAUGAUACAGUAUGAUGCGUAGAUCUAUGCAGCGAUGGAAGGAUGAUGGCUAUAACUCCCUGGUAUCGGACUAAGAAUAUGUUUUGCCCAAUGAUCCUCACCUCGGCUGGGGACCCAGAUAGUUACGGAUGGAUUAUAUGGAUUAAUAUAACGCAGGAAGGGAGGAAAGUAUUUUUGGCUAACCUUAGAGCCGGUGUAGAUACCUUGGAACUAGUACACGAUCUAAAUAUAUUUGAAACGUAAGGUGGAAGAACAGUGCCACUUUCAGAAUAGAGAUCUAUCCUCGGGGUUACUGGCAGUAAUUCCGUAUCUGUGCUGAUCAGUGAGCCCGUGCUCGAGUAUGACAUAGAUAUUGAGCCCUUUUCAGCAAGAAGAAGUCAAGGUCUUCUGCAAGAAGUCGGAGUCAAAUAGAGUUGCUGGUCUAAAUAGAGUUAAUGACAAUAAAGGAAUGUAAGAAGUAAUAAAAUAUAUCCUAUUCGGUGGAUGUGUCCUUCCCAGAGCGUGGAAUCGGCCGUCCAGAGAACACUAGUUUCAGCUGCGGC